AUGGAGUCCUCGACCAGUAAAUCGCUGACCCGCAUCAAAAGGGAACUGGUACCUAUCGAACCAAAGCCUGCCGUCCUUCCUCCACCAGACGCGGCUCAAGAUGGAGGAGACAAGGAAGAAAACAAGCUAGAUGGCAAAAAGUUCAAGGACCUGACGCGCGAGGAAAAGCUGCUGGCCAUUGUGCGCCACAGCGUCCGACCAUUUUCAGACCGACUGGAUCCCUUUGCCGCUCUGCCUGUGAGCCUCGACCGCUUCCAGGAGCACCUCAUCAGCUUCUAUCUGCUCUACUACCCCAAAGCCACGUAUGGGUUCAGUCCUCGACUGCGUCCCCACCCGGUGGCCAGCAACUUCUCCAUUGCCCUGACCACGCCGGCGUGUUUUCAGGUCAUCAUGGCACGGUCGGCCCUGUACCGGAUCUCACUGAACAAAUAUGCCACCGACACGGAGAAGAGGUCGCUCGAGCUGGCCGUGAUCCGACACAAGGGCGAGGCUCUGAAAAUGGUCCGACAGCUGAGUGUCAGGGCGAGCCCCAACCGCAAGGACGACCUGUUGGCAUCCAUCAUCAGUCUAGGCACGUUUGAUCGCCGGUCAGGCUCUCAGGAAGCGGCGGGGAUGCACUACCAGGCGGUCAGAAAGAUCUUGAAGACCACUGGGGGUCCUCUCGCGGUCAACUCGGUGCUCUUGUCGCGCGUCAUGUGUUUCUUUGAAUGCAUCUACGGGACGAGCCCAGAAAGCUACAUUUGGGAUGUUUCGGAUCUCAAGAGGCUGGUGGACAAUCUGAACAUCUUCCUGGAGAAGCUGCGAGAGUUUGGGCAGUCGCUGUCAAGCACCAGCGUCUUGGCCGCCAAGGGGCGUCGAGAAGCUGACAUCGAAGUCGUAGGGAGACGGAAACACCCCUUUGAACUCCAGGAGGGGUCGACGUUGCUUGGGUUGGUGUCCAGACAGCCUCCGCCGGACGCCGAACUCACACAACCGCGACGACUCGAGUUGAUAUUCCAACUCACAUGCCUGCUGACACUGGCCAUGAUCACCAUGGACCUGGCCAGCGAUUUCAAGGCGUUACAGACCUACAUGGACCAUCUGCACCAAUCCAUCGAAGACCUGCGGCUGGCGGGGCAGAGCUGCAACAACGCCAUGUGGCAGAUCCAGGUCAGCGACCACAGCGAAGUCCACAGCCGGCGGAUCUGGCGGGCGGCGAGUUUCGCCUGGGUCAUGAAGCACUGUUCGUACAAUGUGCAGCUGUCACUGAAAGAAUGGCUGCUGGCAUUCUUCACGGGCAAGGGCGUCGAGAAACCGUACCACUUGGGCUCAUUCCAUUUCAGCUACGCGACCUGA